UGCCCCAGGUAGGGAGCAGCAGGGUGGGGGGUGCAUGAGCCCUUAGAAGAACCCAAGGCUCUGUCUGCUCUGCUCUGCUCUGUGAAUCUAGGGUGCUGUGUGGCAGCCUGGCUCCACCUCAGAGCUGGCUGCACUUGUGGGGCCCCAGUGGCUGGGGCCAGCAGUGGAGGGGGAAGCGCUGCCUGGAGCUGUGCCCCCCCUUCGUGCCACCCACUGCCCGCUCCGCCGACAGGUUGCAAGGGUCCGUCCAGUGCCAGGCGAUGAACUCUGCCAGGGCAGCCCCAAGCCGCUCGCGGAGCGUGGGCUGACUUCACGUCCCCAGGGCAGGGUCCAUAGCCAGAGAGAUCUUGGCAUGUUGGAGACCCUGGGCAGCCACAGUGUCUGCAACCUGGCCAUGGUGUCCCCCGUGGGUGGCGCAGUGGGUGGGGCCGGGGGCCCAGCCCUGCCUGGGUGAAAUCAGGGGAGGGGAAGGACUGCGCCAGUGGCAGCCCAGCCUUGGCCAGUGAAGGGGGGGGCCUGUUCCUGAGGCGGGGGGGCUGCCUGUCUGUGGCAUGUCCGAGGCCUCUCCCCAUGCUGCCCAUUGCUGGGGGAGGUGUGCCAAUGUCUCAGGCAGGGUCCCCAGGGCUGAGCCUGCCAUGCUCGCUGCCUGGCACGUGGCUCAUGCCUUUAUCUGGAUGCUUAGUGAGUGUUGCCAUGGCACCCUGGCACCAUGUGCUGGGCCCUGACCCAGCCGGGGUCCACUCCCCGCAGGUCUUUGCACGGGGAGGGCAAGGUGAGGGGCUGAGCAGGUCAAUUCCAGGUGAGGGGUCCCAGCUCCACGGCUAGUGGGGACCAGGGAGCUGCAGGGGGUCAUUGGCAGGGCCCGUGACUGGCUAAUUCGUAGGAUUAUACAGGAUUGCAGCCCAGCCCCCCAGUUACCAGUGCCAUGUGCUCCCACAGCUCGGGGUACAUGGGAUCCCUCAGAAGAGACCUUGUCCCCCUCCCGUCCUGGUACUGGGGUGCAGCAGGGUCCCUCGCUGGGGGCAGCAGCCCCCCAAGACAAGAUGGGGGGGAUUAUCUCUCAGGCCCUGGUGGAGAGAUGGGCGGGGAGUCCUCACUACUCCAGCUGCUAGGUGGGAGUCAGAGGGGGCUGUAGGCGCUCAGCCCUGCUGGGGCGAGGAGUGUCUGUGUGGUGCCCAGGGGCCCCAGUCUCCAGAGGGGUGGGCCUGGGUACCUGGCCCAGCUGGAGGUGAACAGGAACUAAGGGCUGGCCCAGACAGCACCAUUCUCCAAGUGCAGGACGGGUCAAUCUGAGCUGCUGUCUCCCAUGUGAACUCAGAGCCCCUGGGCUAUAUCCCCCCUCCCCAGCCCAGGUGAGAUGCUCCACCUGCCUGCUUCUCCCUCUGGGCACAGGCUGAGCCUGGCUGACAGGUGCAUCGUGCAGGACGGGGAGGCGCCCAGGUAUGCUGGUGGAGAGUGCAGUGGGAAGACCCACAGAGCGGGAUUCGAUUGGGUGGGGGGCAGCUGGCAGGGCAGCACCUGGCCUCCAUCUGGAAGCUGGGUCAAAAGUACAAGGGGCUCCCCAGUAGAAGCCCAGUAUCCAGGGGGCCGUUCAGAGCAGGUGGUGUCUGUGGGGAGCAGAGAUCCCUGGCCAGGAGGGAGGGAGCUCUGUGUGGGGCUGGUGCCAGUGGGUUUGAGGAGCCCAGGCGCUGUGGAGGUGUGUGUGGGAGGGCAGGGAGAGAGGGGCAGGGGUCACAAGGGACUCAGCAUGAGGGAGAUCAAGCCCUCCCCAGGGAGCAAGGGAACAGGCUGUUCCUUUGGCUGGCGGCCAGCGGGUGGGAGGCAGGAGGCCCCUUCCCUUGUCUCACGUGGCAUCUCCCUCCUGCCUUGGGCUGAGAGUGGGCGCGGUGCCAGCCCUGCCUUGUGUAAUCUGUUAUGUAGCCAUGGCUGGGCUGUCCCAGAAUACUCCAUUUCCUGUGCGAAGCACGCUGGGCUGGCAGGCUGCCACCCACCUCAUCCCUCACAGGAAUGGGGAGAACCCUGCGCAGUGUGCAGCAGGGCUCCCAUGCCUGGAUGCUAGAGGUAGCACGGCCACAGCAGCCUGGAUGCAGAUGGAGCCAGCUGGAGACACCAGGGCUACCCCCCCAGUGCAGCCUCAGGGCCCAGAGCCGCCCGCACUGCGGGUGGUGCAGCCUGCGGAGCUCUCUCUUGCCCCUGGCGGGGCAGCAACGGUGACAGCCUUUUCCAGGACCAUCCACCUGUACAGCAGCCCUGCGCCUGGGGGCAGCGCCCCCUCCAGGCCCCUGGUGGUGCUGCUGCCCUGGUUUGGCGCCCGGCCCCGCUCCAUGGCGAGGUAUCUGGAGCUUUACCUGCUGCGCGGCCUGGAUGUGCUGGUGGUGGAGAGUGAUCUGAGCCACUUCCUAUGGCCCCGGCACGGGCUGGCGUACGCAGCCUGUGUGCUGAGCCUGCUCCGGGAGAGCCAGCCCCUCUGCUCCCGUCCGCUGCUCGUCCACGCCUUCUCCAUCGGCGGCUACACCUUCGCCCAGAUGAUGGUGCACAUGAGCCGGGAGCCACAGCGGCACCAGCAGCUGACAGAGAGGAUCCGGGGCCUGGUCUACGACAGCCUGGUGACAGGCAGCCUGGGGGACAUGGCGCUGGGCGUGGCUCAGAUGAGCAGCUCCGCGGCCCUCCGGCCCCUCAUCAGGGGAGGCACCAGGCUUUACUUCAGCCUCUUGCAUUGCUGCACCGUGCGGUACUACAAAGCGGCACAGGGCGUGUUCUUCCGGCCGCCGCUUCGCUGCCCUGUCCUGGUCUUCUCCUGCUGCAACGACUCCCUGAGCGACCCCGCCCUGGUGCAGGAGCUGCUGGAGAGCUGGAGAAGGGCGGGUGUCCUGGUGCAGGCCCAGUCCUGGCAGGACUCACGCCAUGCAGCCCACCUGCGCCAGCACCCCCAGGAGUACCAGGAGGCACUGCAGGGAUUCCUGAAGCAGCUGGACAUGGCCCUGCUCCAAGCCAGACUCUAGCAGCUGGGGCUGGGUUGGCCCAAGAGCCCCUCUGACGUGGACAGGGUGACAUGCAGCUGCUGCUGCAGCCAGAGCCCUGCUCCUCCCUGGCAGGCAGGGUGCUCCUGCCAUCAGCCGCAAGCUGUGCCAUUCACCUUCCUCAGCCGGCCCUGCCAGGCAGGCCAGACCACGGUAACAACUGCUGCACCAUGGACACCCCGGCCGGGGGAGGAGAGCCACUGAGUCCUCCGCCCCAGGGAGGCAUGAUGGACACCUGCCUGCUCUAGCCCCAUGGGGCGGUGGCAAGGGGGGGAGACACGUUUCCCCCAGGUGGGUUGAUGAGAAGGGAUGGCAACUGGUGCAGCCCUCCCCUCCCCUCCCCCAGUUUCGCCUCUGCCCUGGGCUGUAGGGGGACAGGGACAGGCUGCUGGUGGCUGGCUAUCACAAUUCAGCAGCUCCACCUCCCACCAGGAGCCCAGCUGCCUCUCUGCACCUGCCCUGUCCCUGCACAGAGCAAAAGCCCCUUGCAGGGCCUGGGGGAAUGGCCAGGCUGAGCAAGGAUGGGAGGCGCAGGCUGGAUGGGGGCUCUGUGCCCCAUUUCAGGCUAGUUUCAACACAGUUAUUUAACCCCCUCUGUAAAUUGAUUUGAAAUCCCCUCGGCCACAGGACCCUGCCCUGCCCUGCUGCGGUUCUACAGUGCAGCUGCCACUGGUCCUGCAGCCACAUGCCCUAGCCGUGCUCAUGCAUGUCCUAAGCCCAGUCCUCAGGGCCAGGCCAGGGGGAGGAGGGGGAUUGCACCCCCUUCUCCAGUGGGCUGGUGGUUUGCCCUAGCGAGUUGAGCUGGAGUCCCACUCAGCAUGCUCCAUCACACCAGCCCAUGCCAGGCCCCGAUGCUGCAUUACUUUAUUAUUAUUAUUCAAUACACAAUUACAAACACUGGA